CCUGUGGAGAGAGAGGAGGAGAAACCAUGAGGAAGACAUAAUGAAGAAAUGGAGAAGAAGAGAGGAGCGGACACGUUUCUACUGCGUUACCUCAUCAUGGCGGCUGCUCAGGACUGCUCUCUGUUCCUGGGUUUUGACUUCAGCACUCAGCAGCUGAAGGUGGUGGCGAUCGAUGGAAACCUGAACGUGGUUCAUCAGAAUAAUGUGCAGUUUGACUCCGAGCUACCUGAGUUCAGGACUCAGGGAGGGGUUCAUAUCCAUGCUGACAGACUGACGGUCACCUCACCUGUCCUCAUGUGGGUUCAGGCUCUGGACCUGCUAUUGGACAAGAUGAAGAAGGCGGGGUUUGACUUCUCCCGGGUCAGAGCGCUCUCCGGCAGCGGACAGCAACACGGCAGUGUGUUCUGGACCAGAGGAGCGUCUGAGACCCUGCAGCACCUCGACCCGGACCAGGACCUGAAGCAGCUGCUGCAGGACAGUUUCUCGGUGCUAGACUCCCCGGUGUGGAUGGACUCCAGCAGCAGGAGGCAGUGUGACGCUCUGCAGGAAGCAGCAGGGGGUGCUCAGAGGCUCGCUCACAUCACCGGGUCCACAGCGUACGAGCGUUUCACAGGAAACCAGAUCGCUAAAAUAAGAGCGACCCGACCCGAGGAGUUCCAGAGCACUGAGAGGAUCUCGUUGGUCAGCAGCUUCGCAGGGUCUCUCUUCCUCGGUGGUUACGCAGCCAUCGACUACAGCGACGGCUCGGGGAUGAACCUGCUGGACAUCCGGAGCAGGACCUGGUCUCAGAUCUGUCUGGAUGCCGUCGCUCCUCAGCUGGACCUCCUGCUGGGAAACCCUAAACCCUCCUCCUCCAUACUGGGUCCCGUGUCCUCGUUCUUUGUGCAGCGAUACGGUUUCUCUCAGAGCUGCAGGGUGGUGGCUUUCACCGGAGACAACCCAGCGUCUCUGGCAGGAAUGAGGCUGCAGCAGGGAGACAUCGCGGUAAGUCUGGGCACCAGCGACACAGUGUUCCUCUGGAUCGAGGACCCUCACCCGGCGCUGCAGGGUCACGUCUUCUGUAACCCCGUCAGCGAACACGCCUUCAUGGCUCUGCUCUGUUUUAAGAACGGCUCGCUGACGAGGGAACGAAUCAGGAACGAGUGUGCUGGUGCAUCAUGGGAACUGUUCUCCGACGCCUUGAGAGACACGCCGCUGGGAAACGGAGGAAACAUCGGCUUUUAUUUUGACAGCAUGGAGAUCACGCCUCCUGCAGUAGGAGUUCACCGCUUCGACCCGCAGGACGUCCAGGUGUCUUCCUUUAGUCCUCAGGUGGAGGUGCGUUCGCUGGUGGAGGGUCAGUUCCUGUCCCGGAGGCUCCAUGCUGAGAGGCUGGGAUACUGCAUCAUCCCGGGAGCCAGAGUGUUAGCAACAGGAGGAGCUUCAUCUAAUAAAGAGAUUCUGCAGGUGUUAAGUGACGUCUUUAACGCCCCUGUUUACACCAUAGACGUCUCGAACUCCGCCUGCCUGGGAUCGGCCUACAGAGCUCUGCACGGCCUCUCCGCAGAGUCUGGUACAUCCUUUUCCGACGUGGCGAAGAACGCACCGGAGCCUCAACUGGUCGCCACACCGCAUGCUGAAGCACAAGAGGUGUACGACCUGCUGCUGCAGCGCUACGCCCGAUUGGAGGAGAGGGUGCUGCAGAAGACCCGCCCCUGAGCCUCCAGCAUCCAAUCAGAUGUGUGGAAAACCUUUCUAGGGACUUAAACAAUAAACAGGAUAAAUAAGAAAAGUUUGACAAUUAUUUAUCUAAAUGUAAUUUGAAACAGAUUAGUUAAUUAUAAAAUAACACAAAGGAAAAUACUUUCACCUAAAGUAUUAUUAGUGAAUACAUGUAUGGAUCCUUUUUCAUUUCUCAGUUAACACGUUAAUUUAAAGAACGAUUUAAUAAUGUAAAGGAUAUUUCUGUAUGUUUAAUUUUCAAUAAAUGAUGUCGCUAACA